CCCUGCGCACUGCGCCCUGCGCCCUGCGCCCUGGAACUGAUCCCUCGAAUUUGUACUUUGGCUGCUGGCGACCUGGAUGGCCGCUGCCUACCUGCCCGCGUGCGAGUGACACCAGGCUUUGGGGGAAAUUUCUGACCACGCGAAAGCGGAAAUCGCUGGCGUCCUGGCCAUGAACACAGCCUCGCGUUCUUCUCCGUCCCGGGAACACCUUCGGCCUCUGUGAUUCUGCCCCGCCGCAAGCCGGACGCGACCAGGAGCGCCACCCGCACCGCUCGGCACCCGCCACCCUCGCGGCUUCUCCUGGAGUCCGCUCUGUGUCUCCCGCUCCGUGGUUCGCCUGGGGUGGGGGGUGCCUGGCUCUGGGGGUGAGGAUGCUGUGUUUUCUCCCCUGAGGUGUGAAGGUGAGGGCUUGGUGACUUUCAGGUGUCUAGGAACCAGGGCGGGGGCAGGGGCUCCAGGCAGCGCUGCUUCUUGGGCGGAGGAGGGUAGGGUAGGGGGUUCUGCAUGAGCUCCUUAAAGGACAAAGGUAACAGAGCCGGCGAGAGAGCUCGAGCGGAGACUUUGACUUCAGACCGCGGCAUCGGUGGAAGUGCGCGCGCCCCCGCCGCCGCCGCGGCCGUUCCUACAGCGCUGUCCAUCUAGCCGCCGGCGUCUUCCCGAUCUGAGAUCUCCGGGAAGGAGGCGGCGCGGGCUAGCAGAGGCGCCAGCCGGCUGCCGCUGCCCGGCGGCCACCAUGGGCUCCGCGCGCCGGGCGCUGUCCGUGGUGCCGGCCGUGCUGCUGGUGCUCGCGCUGCCUGGGCUGCCGGUCUGGGCGCAGAACGACACGGAGCCCAUCGUGCUGGAGGGCAAAUGUCUGGUGGUGUGCGACUCGAACCCGGCCACGGACGCCAAGGGCUCUUCCUCGUCCCCUCUGGGGAUAUCGGUCCGCGCGGCCAACUCCAAGGUCGCCUUUUCUGCGGUGCGGAGCACCAACCACGAGCCGUCCGAGAUGAGCAACAAGACGCGCAUCAUUUACUUCGAUCAGAUCCUAGUUAAUGUGGGUAAUUUUUUCACACUGGAGUCUGUCUUUGUAGCACCAAGGAAAGGAAUCUACAGUUUCAGCUUUCACGUGAUUAAAGUCUACCAGAGUCAGACAAUUCAGGUUAACCUAAUGUUAAAUGGAAAGCCAGUAAUAUCUGCUUUUGCUGGGGACAAGGACGUUACUCGUGAAGCUGCCACCAAUGGGGUCCUCCUGUACCUAGACAAAGAGGAUAAAGUCUACCUGAAGCUGGAGAAAGGUAAUCUGGUUGGAGGCUGGCAGUAUUCCACGUUCUCUGGCUUUCUGGUGUUCCCCCUCUAGAACGCGGUCUCUCCGUGGUGUUUGUCCUGGUGAGGGGCAGCCCACCCCUGAGUUACUGGAAGAUCAUUGCUUCAUCCUUGGAUUGAUGUCUUUUUUUGGUUUCUCGUGGGUGAACAUGGAUUCUCUAUACGGAUUCUAGACCUGUCCGAACCAACACAAAGUUCCACAGAUUAUUUUUGUGUGUGUGUGCUUUUCAGUCUACUUGGAUCGGGACUCAAAGCAGAUAAACCCUGUCUAUGCUUCCAUGUAACAGUCAAAAGCUGCCUGCCGACUUUACUCUGAAUUUAAUUUCCUGGAAUUCAUGAAUUUGUUGCUGAUGUGGAAUUUUUGUUUAUUUAGUUAUUUUUAAAAGACUGGCAAGGAAGCAUUUGGAAACUUUCAAGUUUUGACUUCAACUGGUGAUUAGUGUGAUAACUGCCAAAGAACUGAAUGCUGUGUUGAUGUAUUGAUUACCCCUGUUUUUAUUCCUUUGAGGUUACUUUGUUCUGUUCUCCGGAGGGAACUGGCAGUUUCUUGGUGACUGGCGUUGUGUUUUCUCAAUGGCCUCCCUGCACAUGGUUCCUUGAGAUCACCAACAUGGCUUCCCUUUAAAAAAAAAAAGCUUCUUAGUUGUAUUUUAAUUAUAUAUGUGAAAGAGUCAUAUUUUCCAAAUUGUAUUUUCUAAUAGGAAGAAUAGAUCAUAAAUCUGACAAGGAGAAAGUUGCUUACCCGAAUUCUAAGCGCUCAAUCCCCAAACCUCGGCAAAACGGCUCUCCUCUGUGGGAAAUCUUAUACUUUAUUGCUCAACUUUAAUUAACAUGAUUGAUAAUAACCACUUUAUUAAAAACCUAAGGGAUUUUUUUCCUUAGACAUGAUCACUUUAUUAACUGGAGAUGGGAUACCCUUGUUUUUAAUUAUAUCUAUUUUUCAAACCUUCUGUUGUGUUUGAAGCAUCAUCUGGUUUUGCCUUAACUCCUUAAAUUGUAUAUAUUUAUCUGUUUAGCCUUAUUCAGUACAAAUAUCCCAUAUUUAAGUUUAGUGCAAUAUCUUAUUUUGUCUUUUGUAUUGGUCAUAAGAGUUCAUAAGAUUACUUAUGUCUGUUACAGAAUAAAGGUUAACAUAUGUUAGUUGAA